AUGCGCACUUCCACCUUCGCCCUCGCGCUCCCAGCGCUCGCCAGCGCCCAGAACUUCCCUCAAUUCCCUAUCAUCGACCAGGUCACCAAUCAAGUCAAGAGCUUCCUUGGCCAGGCGACAGCUUCAGCCUCAUCAGUAGCGGGACAAAUACCCACCUCAGUCCCCAUCCCCGACCCAGUCGGCUAUGGUGCGGCCAAAGUCGCAGCAGUCAAUGUCGAGCGCCUGACUCUCGAGAACAGGGAGGAACUCCUCAAGCCUGGCGCCGCGACCGCGAGCCCCGGAAUCGAGACGUGGAUGGUCUUCGUGACCGGCGCGAACCUGACAUGCUUUGGCAGCUGUGAGCGCGCCGAGCGCGCCUGGAACGAGAGUACCGCUCUCCUCUCCGCCUCACCCACCGCCCCACGCCUGGCGAUGCUGAACUGCGACCAAGAACCCGUCCUCUGCAAUGCCUGGGCCAUGAGCCCACCGACCGUAAUCCAUAUCCAGCUCCCGCAGCCUUUGGCCGACCAGUCCACGCCUGCGACAACUGUGCGUUCCAUCAGCUUGAACAGGACGACUGUGACUGCGCCUGAAAUCGCGGCUCUUCAUCUCCAGGACAAGUACCUUGAGAAGGAGGUCUACGAGGGAUUCUGGCAUCCAUUUGAUGGACCGCUGGCCAAGAGCGGGAUGCAGAUUCCCUUAGCGUAUGCGAUCUGGGGGUUCAGCAAGGUCCCUAGCUGGGCGUUUAUGAUUGGUCUUUCUUUCGUUAGCAGGACUUUCAUGCAGCGACGAAUGACUCCGGCUCAGGGUGGUGCUCGUGCCGCCCCACCUCCUGGCGCUGCGGCCCCGGCGAACUAA